AUGGAGAAAGUGAGGGACAGAUUGAAACCUGAGAGCCCUAGUAUUUGUGUCUUACCAGUAAAUAUUAUUACUGGUAAUCCUGUUUCAGUAUCGGAUACUGUAUAUGAGACCAACCAAUCACAGCAAGUCUUACUGAGUUUGUCCCCUAAGAGCCAAUCAGUGAGCAUCAUGCAGACUGCAUCAGUUUUUGAGCAGUUCCUGUCGAUAGUUCUCUCAUCUGUGUAUUCACAUGAGAGCAAACUUGUGCGAGUUUCAGCUGUCGGAGAGAACUCUCAGUGGUGUGUCCACCUGACUAGUGCUACACUCUAUAGUGACUCUCACAGCUGUAGUAACUGGCAGCAGCGGCACCCAGUGAGCCUCCCGCCCAACAGAUGGCUCUCGCUGCUCGCUCUCAAAAAGAAAACAAAAAUGGCGACGCUGAGCUCCCUCCAAGACAGACUCCAGGGGCUGGGAACGAGACUCCAGGCCGAGAAUGAGGCUCAGUCCCGGGACAGAAUGAACACCAACCUCAAUCUGGAAUUUACGAGAGAGAGGCCCGGCUCAGAGAGAAGACCCAGACCCGGUAAGUGGCCCAAAAUGACUUGUUUUGACGGGAGAAUCCAGAUUGCGGGGCGACCCAAUACCAUCUCAGGCUGACGGCAACGACCCAAAAUUGAGUUGCCUUUUGCUUUUGAGCCCCGACAACAACCCGACCCUCCAGAAUUAGAUGCACAUGUAAAGGAAAUCACUAGAAAAAAUGGUAUCUUAACUAUAGAAAGCAAGAAAUAUAAAAGUUCCAUAGAAGAUAUGGAAUACAUAUCAGAAUUAGGCAAUGGUACUUCUGGCAAUGUUGUCAAAAUGCUUCACAAAUCUUCCAAAAAAGUUAUCGCUGUUAAGCAAAUGCGGCGCUCAGGUAACAUGGAGGAGACAAAACGUGUUUUCUUCGACCUGGAGGUUGUAUUAAAAUCCCAUGAUUGUCCAUAUAUCGUACAGUGUUUAGGCUGCUUCAUCACAGACUCAGAUGUUUGGAUCUGUAUGGAGCUCAUGGCCACCUGCCUUGACAAACUCACCAAACGAUACAAACAGCCGAUACCUGAACCUAUCUUGGGAAAAAUUUCUGUGGCUACUUUAAAAGCCCUUCAUUACCUAAAAGAGUCUCAUGGUGUGAUUCACCGUGACGUGAAGCCUUCCAACAUUCUUCUAGAUGAGCGUGGAAAUAUUAAACUGUGUGACUUUGGGAUCUCAGGGAGACUAGUCGAUUCUAAGGCCAAGACUCGGAGUGCCGGCUGUGCUGCGUAUAUGGCGCCGGAACGGAUAGACCCGCCCGACCCUACGAAGCCAGACUACGACAUCCGUGCAGAUGUUUGGAGUUUGGGCAUCACACUGGUUGAACUUGCAACUGGCCAGUUUCCCUACAAAGACUGUCGUAAUGACUUUGAGGUGCUGACCAAGGUUCUUCAGGAUGAUCCACCCUCACUUCCAAAAGAUGGUACCUUCAGCCCAGAAUUUUGUGAAUUUGUAAAUGAUUGCCUUAUUAAGGAGUAUCGCCACCGCCCAAAGUACAAGAAACUUCUUGAUUAUCCCUUCAUCAAGAAGUAUGAACAGAAAAAGGUGGAUGUCUCAGCAUGGUUUGCAGAUGUGUGUCGCGCAAUGGAUGCUAAGGCUCGGAACUCCCCACAAAGACAGCCGCUACCCUCCCACUUACCUGCCCCCCCAUGUGUCCCCCCUCGUCUCUCGAAGGAUCGUGGAGAACAGAGCAGCAGCAAACAGCAGCCAGCCGGGCCAACCAGGAGCAUUACCCACCUCUAGUAGAAGUCUGCCUCCUCCCUCUGUUAGUCUCACUACCCCACACUACAGGUACACUCAGGAAGCCUACUACAACAGCCGACCCUACUACACUCCAGAACCACAGCGUAGAAUACUCCCCCGAAUGGGCAAUCCCUGACCCCCAAGAAUAUGUCCCAAAGAGGCACACAAAGCCUGUGAGCCUCACCUUCUCAAUAAGCCACAAGCGCACAGGAUAGGAGGAGUCUCUGGACCAGGCUCUUGCUACUUUUGAGAGUGGCCACCAGCAGGCCUAGUCAUAGAACAGUCAUAGCACAGAUCAACACCUUCCUUGUCUACUGUGCCCUACUACUUGCUGAUCACCUCAAACAGACAACAUUUGCACUUGCCCAUCUCAGCCCAAACUAGCCUGCAAUAAUAAUUUUGAAAUUGACAAAUAUUUUGGCAUUUUUAGGCACAGCUCCAAUUUAUGUUGUCACUUUUUUAACUACUCUCUUGUGCCAUUUUUAUUCAGUUCAAAUUAUUUGAUGUCCUGAAGUUUCAAACUUUGGAUAUAUCUUUUAAUAAACAAAAUUAAAAUUUGUAUAUUUGAA